AAAUUUAAAUUUUAUGUAGUAUGUAUUAUCCAUCAAUUUAUAUUUUUAUAAUAUCGUUUAUCGAAAUAAGAAAAGUAGAAAAUUAUCUUGUUUGUUAAUUGCGUGAAUAAAAAAUUGUCAAAAAUUAUGUGUCAAGUAAUAAUUCGCGCGCCCUUUCUAAGUCGUUGGGCAAAGAUUAUAUACUCGUUAGGCGGGAAAUGUGCUAGUAACUGUCAGUUGUGAAAAAGUUAUUAGUAAUUUGUACUUAAUUUUUAGAUAAAUAAAUAGUUUUUUUAAAUUUUGUGAGAAAAUUAUAGUUGUAUAAUGUCUGGUAUUAUAACUACGAAAAAUGGUGAAAAAGUAACCAUUGAAAUAACCCUUGACAAACCCAAUGGAUAUGGUGAUCAUACAGUUUCUAAAGAAUCCAACAAUAUUAAAAAGCAUGAGGAAUACCAAUAUUUAGAUCACAUUCGUAAUAUUAUGACAAGUGGUAGUAAGAGAAUUGACCGUACAGGUGUUGGCACUUUUUCAAUAUUUGGAGCACAAAUGAGAUAUAAUCUUCGAGAUUCUUUCCCUCUAUUAACCACAAAACGAGUAUUCUGGCGUGGGGUAGUUGAAGAAUUACUAUGGUUUAUCAAAGGAAGUACAAACGCCUUUGAAUUAAGUGAGAAAAACGUACAUAUCUGGGAUGCAAACAGCACAAGAGAGUUUUUAGAUAAUAUAGGUCUUAAAGAUAGAGAAGUUGGAGAUCUAGGACCUAUAUAUGGAUUUCAAUGGAGGCAUUUUGGAGCUGAAUACAAAGGAAUGCAUGCAGAUUACACAAACAAAGGAAUUGAUCAAUUAGCUCAUGUAAUAAAUACAAUUAAAACUAGACCUUAUGAUAGGCGUAUUAUUAUGUGCGCAUGGAACCCUAUAGAUAUUCCAGAGAUGGCAUUACCACCUUGUCAUUGUUUAGUACAAUUCUUCGUAGCUAAUGAAGAGCUUUCUUGUCAACUUUAUCAAAGAUCUGCUGACAUGGGGUUAGGAGUGCCAUUCAAUAUUGCCAGCUAUGCUUUACUCACUUACAUGAUUGCUCACAUCACUGGUUUAAAACCUGGAGAUUUUAUUCACACUUUAGGAGACAGUCAUAUCUAUUUAAAUCACAUUGAAACUUUGAAAGAACAAAUCACAAGGGAACCGAAGCCUUUCCCUAAAUUACGUAUUACUAGAAAAGUAGAAAAUAUUGAAGACUUUACUGCUGAAGAUUUUGAAUUAAUUGGAUAUAAUCCUCAUCCAAAAUUAAAUAUGCCAAUGGCAGUUUGAAUGUUUCGUUUUUGUACUUUUUACAGAAUGUACUGAUUGAGUGGAUAAAGGAUUGAAAUCCAAAAAAAAAUGUUUUAUUUUUCUAUGCAAAAUUGCUAUAUUGCAAUCUAGGUACUCAAGGUGUUUUUUAUUUAUUGAUUUAUUCAAGCCAUCACAUUUUAUAAAAUUUAUAUUUUGUCAGGUUCAUUUUUUAUUUAAUAAAAAUCUGUACAAUUUUCUAAA